AUGAAGGAUGGAAGGAAAAUAAGCUUCAUGAAGGACAUCAAGGUGAUGAUGUAUGGGUAUGGAGAUGUAAGUGCGCCAAGAUACGACACUGCUGAGGCUCUCCAUGGAUACGUGUUGGAUUAUUUGAGCAUUUUAUUGACAAACACUCACAACAUGGCACAAGUAAAAGGAAAGACAAAGACAGAAGAUUUGCUUUAUCAUCUCAAGAGAGAUAGGAAGAAGUAUACCAGGGUCAGGCAUCUGCUGAUAACAAAUGAAGAAAUCAAGCUUGCAAAGAAGGCUUUUGAACCGAAGGACUACGAGAAGGAUUGA